AUGCGCUACAAGUACGUCCUGCUUUUAGCCCUCCUCAGCUGUCUGCUGCUCGUCCAGGAGGGCAGUGGGCAAUCUUCCUCGAGCACUGAUAGUUCCUCGAGUACCUCCACCGAAAGCUCCUCAGACUCAUCCACCAGCGCGACGUCCUCCUCUGACUCGACAGAUGCUUCCUCCUCUUCUUCCGACACCACCACCACCUCGUCUGACACGACCACGACCACGACCACUUCCUCCUCGUCCUCGUCCUCGUCUUCCUCCAGCGCUGCUGCUCGGCGUCGCAGGGCCGCCGCCCGCCGCCGUCGCCGCCGCUUGGCCCGCCAGAGGCGCAGGCGUCAACAGCGCCAGCGUCAGAGACGCCGCCGCCAACAACAACGCAGGAGACAACAACAAAGACGGCGACAGAACCGCCGAGGAUAGGCGAUCCCCAGAAAAAGGAUAACCCGCGAUCGGGUUUUCCUCCUCUCAGUUUAUAGACGUUCCGUCCGACAUUUACAAAUAAAGAACAUUGAAAGGCACUGAUAGAUGGAUUUAAACUUUCAGAAAUGUGCGAAUAAUUCACAAUUAGAGGUGACGAAUUUUUGUGUUGUUACAGAUACUCCAGUUCUCAGAAAACUCUUAACUCAUAGUAGAGACUAAAAUAUAUAACGGACUUGUUAUUAUAAUGACAAUACCGCAAGGGCACAUUUUUACAAUAAA